AUGUCAAACUCAAGCAUGGUUACGACUUUUCUUCUUCUGGGUUUCUCUGAUACAUGGGAGCAAAAUGUAUUGUACUUCAUUCUUUUAUUAGUGGUUUACUUGGCAGUUCUGACAGCAAACUUCCUCAUCAUUUCAGCUGUUUCUCUGGACAAGCGGUUACACACUCCCAUGUACUUUUUCUUGGUGAAUUUAUCUGUCGUCGAUCUGGGAUCCAUAUCUGUCACCAUCCCAAAUGCCAUGAUUAAUUACCUCUUGAACACCUGGGAAAUUUCAUAUUCUGGAUGUGUUGCACAGGUGUAUUUCUUGCUCUUUUUCUUGACAUCGGACUUGUUCCUCCUCACAGGCAUGGCCUAUGAUAGAUAUGUCGCCAUCUGUGACCCGCUGCAUUAUGAGGCAGUGAUGGAUAGAAAAGUCUGCAUCAAGAUGGCAGCCAGCGCAUGGGUUGUUGGUCUUCUUUACUCAGGUUUACAUACCGGUUGUACUUUUGCCAUCACCUUCUGCUCCAAUGUCAUCAACCAGUUCUUCUGUGAAAUCCCACAGCUACUGAAAGUAUCCUGUGACAAUUUGUACCUCAUUGAAGUUGGAGUGGUUGUUUUCAGUGCGUUUAUGGUCUUCUCAUGUUUUGGUUUCAUAACUGUUUCAUACGUGCACAUUUUCAAGUCAGUGCUCAGAAUCCCCACCACACAGGGAAGGAACAAAGCUUUCUCAACAUGUGUACCCCACCUGAUUGUGGUCUCCUUGUUUAUCAGCACUGGAUGCUUUGCCUACAUGAAGUCCAACUCACAAUCCCCUUCAGAUCUGGAUUUGGUGGUUGCUGUCCUGUAUUCUGUCAUACCUCCACUGAUGCAUCCAAUUAUUUAUUCAAUGAGGAACAGAGACAUCAAAACUGCACUUUGGAAAAUGUUUCAGUGUGGCAUUUUUUCUGGAAGAAAAGCAAGGUUUCUCCCAUCAAUCUAA